CUAAUACAAUAUUUGUUGUUCACAAAUGUUUCAUUUCGUUAUAACGAGGUUGGUAGCAACGUGAAAAUCGUUGUGGAAAUCUGUUGCAGUCGACUACAAAACCCACAAUGCAAUGCUCUCUCUGGGCUGGCUGGCUAGUUAGGUAGCCGAACACAAUUACCAGCAUGUGAAGUAGCUAGCUAGUAGUAAAAUCGUCUAAACACACUGCACUAUCAAUUUAGGGGUCUACAAUUAGACCAUGUUCAAUUUGCAGUUCGUCUCUGAGGCAGACGAUGCAAAGUACAGACGUUGCUAUGGCACCAACGGCCAUUUUCCCAUUGACACAAAGGGCGCAUUGCAUGAUGGUAGUUACUAAUUUGGUACACUGUUUAGAUAGAACACAUCAAAUGGUCCGUUCGUAAAUUCGCUCGGGCUAUCUACUCUGAUUUCAGAGUACUCAUCUGAGUGUGACAGAGCGCAGAAUAACUGAUGAAUUUAUGAACGAUCGACACCGCUUGAAAAUGGCCUGUGUUAGUAAACCUCGCCGGAAAAGCGUAAUUAAAUUGUUGCUAGCUGUACAGUUACAGUCACCAAUACUCUGGAUAACAUGAAAAUAGCCUAACCAGCUCUGCUAGGGCGAGUAAAAUUACGAACGCCCAGAGCGCACUCCAGAUUGAAUUUACGAACAAACCCAAAGCAAAAUAUAUAUACUUUGUCAUGACGAUAUAACUAGAUUGGUGUGUUCUAGACAAGUAUAUAUCCUUACCAUAUAUUGGUAGGUUUGGCGAUCUGGAGUGCAGGUCCAGUUGAAAUGUGUGAUGAAACAGUUCGUGACACAGACUAUUAUCAAAAUCAACCACUUGAUCUCCAAAGGUACUGCAGCUCUGUGUUCAAAGAUAUACCAGAGUCAAAGUGAGGUUAAAUCUCUGAAAUGUAAGCUAUUGGAGAUGACUGACGGUAAGGAGAUACCUGAAAAGACAGUGGGAAGAACCCCACAGACAGUGGAAGAGGAGGAAUGGACGGGAUUACCAUAUUCACCGGAACUUGCAGAGGAUUUGGAGGUUGACGUGCCAACUCCCAUUGAUGACGCUGACAAGACUUCAAAUUGCAAGGAGACCACGAUCAGAGUUAAAACCAUAGAGAUGAAACAAUGCUUUAUAUCUUUGGCAAAAUUACCUUCCUCACUCACUAAGUCUAACAAACAGGGGCCAAAUACAGCCGAACAGGCAGCUAGUAGGCCUACAGACAGAGAGGCAGAAAGCAGGCCUACAGACAUUCAGGCCCUAAUUACAGAUGCACAAAGUCUCAGUGGGGAUUCUGUGCUGUUCACUAUACCCAGGAGGGAAAAGAAGAGAACAGAAGCACCCAUGGUGGCACAAUCAGACGGAAGUAAGGAGAACGCAGACGAUGACCAAUGGGAGGAGGAGAAUGCUAAUGCCGGACAAACCUCGAGUGACGAAUCUCUCCACAACAGAAAGCCAAGGCCAAACAGGAAACAAAAUAAGACUACCAACACCAGGAAAGAGUACCUCUGUCCGGACUGCGGUAAGGUUUUUAAGAAAUUAUGUAAUUUUAAACAGCAUCAACGGACUCACACAGGAGAGAGACCUUAUUGUUGUGAAUUAUGUGGGAAAUGUUUCCCGACUGCUUGGAAGCUCAGAAAUCACCAAUUAGUGGUCCACAGGAGAGAGAAGCCGCUUGAAUGCCCAUCAUGUGGAAAGUGCUUUGCAACAAAGAGUUAUUUGGACAAACAUGCAAGCGUUCAUUCAACAGAGAAACCGUUCCGAUGCCUCGUGUGUCAGAAAUGUUUUAAAAGUAAAAAUGGCCUCAAGGAACAUACAAUGUUGCACAAUUCAAAUUCAAACUCAUAUGCUUGUGACAAAUGUCCAAAAACCUUUGUAAAGUUGAAAUACCUCAAGAAUCACCAGCUAACUCACAGUGGAGGAGGAGCUCACCGUUGCGAAUUGUGUGGAAAAGGUUUCAAGUCUCCUUCCGAACUCAAACAGCACCAAGCAUCAGUCCAUAGGGGAGAGAAGCCGUUCCAAUGUCCAACAUGUGGGAAGUGCUUCGGAAAAAAAGAAAAUUUGAAAAUUCACGCAAGUGUUCAUUCAGAAGAGAGAGCAUUCCAGUGCUCUCAGUGUCGGAUGUUUUUCAAAACCAAGUAUACGCUUAGCGACCAUAAGAAGACGCACACGGACUCCAAGCCGUAUGCUUGCGGCAAAUGCCCAAUGACCUUCAUUCGGUCGAGGUACCUCAAGAUGCAUCAAGCCUCGCACCUGACCAGCAAGCCGUUAGCGUGCAGCCACUGUGGGAAAGGCUUCAAAGGUGAACGUGAGCGCAAGAGACACGAACGCACACACACCGAAGAACCCCCUUAUACCUGUGACGAAUGUGGCAAGGGUUUCUAUAAACACGAAUCGUUAAAAGUCCAUGUAGCCUUGCACACCGGAGAGAAGCCGUUCGCCUGUGAUUACUGCGGUAAAACCUUUGCUCUGGCGUCCUACCUUAAAACCCAUGUAGCAAAAUUUCACUCUGUGACUGAACUCCAUGUCUGUGGGAAAUGUGGCAAAAAAUAUAAGGAUAUCAUACAUUUCAGAAGCCAUAUGGUUCAGGGUUGUUGAGAGGAGGCUGCGGCAUUGGUUUGUUUGACUUCAAUUGUUUUCUCUCUUUUUAAUAUUGGAGGGAAUCUAAUACCCCUUCCUAAACAAAGCCCUGGGAGGACGCAGGUUAAAGGCACAACUUGUAACUUUCAUUCUGACAAUGCUUUGACGUUCAUUGUGAAUAAAGUUGUAAUAUGUUCUUGUCAUACUACAA